CACAGAUAAAAAAUACAAUUCAUUUCAUUUCGCGUUUCUCGUCUUUUUGCAUUACAUACUUUCCGAAAAGAGAAAACGAGAUAUUUUGGAAUUCUACAAGAAAUUGUGUACUUAGUUUCCUUCAGGAUUAAUAAAUUAACGAUAAAUGGCUAACAAAAACUAGUGCGAGUUUAAGUACGCAAGUGUAAUGAAGGAAGUGAAAAAGUGUCAGAAACUUGUUUGAUGAAAUGACGUGAAAAUACAAUUUCAUAAACAUUUUAGUGGAAAUGUGUUUGUUAUUGUGCGUUUGAUUGUGUAUGUUCGAUCAUAAUGCAGUCAACGACGGAGGGAUGUAUGAAUAUCGCCGAGCUAGCGAAUCAGCUGAGGCGUGAGAAGAUAUUUAUCAACUCUGAAAGGCAGCUGUUGCAGAAGCUCAAUGAGGAGGUUGAGAAACGAGCUCUAGAACUUCUGCAGGUGGCCUGGAUCUGCCUGCAACAGCGGCAAAACCUUACGAAUUUAAUUACAUCAAGAUGUGAUGCUGAUUCCAUAGCAUACUGCCAGAGAGCAAGUCACCUUGAACGAACGAUUUUUGUGGACGCCUUUAAAGUCUUGAAGUACAAGGAAGCGACAGCUCUAGGUGAGCUUCUAGGAUGGCUCCGCGAAUCCCCUCACCUGGUGUCCCUUUGCCUCCUCCUGGGCGAGGACAGCAUUCCGCCAAGUCUACCAGUGGCGUUGAUGUCUGGGCUGUACGGCAGCUGUCGGUCAGCUUCAGACAGGACCAGGUUUCUGGCCGUCAUCAGGUCGCUCAUCAAACAUCAGAUGGCACCGUCCAGUGAUCCUAGGAAGUUCUUCCGCACUGGCAAAUGUGCGUUAUCCUCCCUGUACGCGGUGUACCGUGAUGGACACACACCAGCUCGUCAGUUCCUGGUCGCAGUCCUACAGAACCCCGUGAUGGCUGUACUGCAUGAGGACGAGUUCUUCCUCGACAUCGACCCUGAUAAGGCUAUGGAGAGGUUCUCACCAGCAGACCGCACAAAGAAGUUCGGUCAGCCAAACAGCCAGGAGUACGCAGCGAAGGUAGCUCGGUACCGCAAGUGGACCAUCCAGUCGCUGUACAACCUGACCACCAAGUUCAUCGUGGCCCUUAGAGAACAUUGGCCCAACUUCCCGUCCACUAUAGCUUGGAUUGUCCAGCAGAUCGUGCAUCUACUUAAACAACAUUCCAGAACAUCAGACCGCGAGUUGCACGCGAUAUGUACGGACCUUAUAAUGAGCCACUUCAUAUGUCCCGCGAUCGUGAACCCCGAGGCUCACGGCGUAGUGGAAGUACCAGUGUCGUACAUCGCUCGCUUCAACCUCAUACAGAUCGCACAGAUCAUACAGAUGCUGUGCUUAGCCAAGUUCCAGGAGGUGGAUGCCAAAGUCCGUGACGUCUAUUUGAAAUUCGAGCGGUCAUGUCUAUGGACCCUGAUAGACAACGUGACGAGUGAGGCGUGGUCGUGCGCGCCCACGCCCGCGCAGCCCCACGCGCACGCCGAGACCCCGCGCAUCGCUACUGAAGCGCAUCUACAAACCACUGUUGCGCUAUUUACGCCGCAGGAUGCGCAACUACUGAUUACGUUCCUGAGGCGUAUAUCAUCGAAGUUGAACAACAACAUGCCGAGCGUGACGUCGGAUGAGCAACCCAGUGGAGCCGUCGCUGAGGCAGCGGCUCUAAGCAGUGAAACUAGCAGUGAAAGUUCUAGCAACGGCGAGGCGUGUGCCAGUCGACUUGCGACCUUAUUGCAGACCACCGAGCCUAACUACCGCAGCCGACUACAUGACUUGCUGAAGAAGAUGCCUGACUUCUCCAAGUAUAGGCCGACAACCCCACCGGAAUGCAAAGACCCAUCUCCAAUAGAGAACGGUCAUUCCAGUAAGAAGAGCAUCCUAGCCAAAGUGCAGAGACCACGGCUCCCUCGCAGUGCCAGUUCCAACUCCUCGUUAGCUUCAGCUGGAGAUGACAAGCCCGUCAAUGGGACCUGCAAGGAGGAUGGGACACAGGAACAUGUCGAGGUGCUCAUCAUCAAGCUUGCUAAUGUCGAGGAACAGGACUAUAUUGGCCUAGUCCCUGAAUCGAAGGUUCUAGAAUGUUACUACGGCGGCUCAGAGGCAGGUGAUGCGGAUGAAAAUGGAUCCGCUCUUGCUGUAGCGGGACCGAGCGCUCCCGUGCAGAAGAGGACCAGGUAUGUGAUUUUAUACCGUAUGUACUCCCCCGCCGAGACCGCUACUGCGGGCGAUAAAAAUCUGGAAAAUGAACACGUCGACCACUUCGAGUCCUCUUUUCUGUCUCCUGGCUGGCCUCAGAAUCAGAUUCUCUGGGAUGUGACUCAGAUGGUGGUGAUGAAGUACCAUCUUCGCGAGCAAGGAAUGCAGGUAUCAGCGAACGUAUCAGGUCGCGGCAGCCCCAACAUAUCAGGGCGAGAGACCCCCUCGUCCCAGGUCACCGAGGGUCCCCCCGCGCAGCCCGCCCACCUGCACCAUCCACACGCCAAGCUACUCAAGCAGACACGGCACGAUAUCGAGGACAAGUUCUGCAAGUUCGAGAUUAAGAAGUUGCUGGAAGGCGACGAGACGAUCAGUAUAAUGUCGGACACGUGGAGCACCGACGUCCUGGCGUCGGACUCGGAGACCAUCGGGGACUCUUGUGACCAGACACAGGUCGCUGCUAACCAUUGUCAGAGCGGUUGCAACCAGAACGCCCCGGACGCGUCGGAAACUGCGAGCGAGUCUGCCUGGAGCAUGGACGUACUCGCUUCAGACAGCGACCGGAAUACUGAGGUGGACACGGACGACUGCGUGUCGGUGGCGGCCCGCUCCGACACGUCGUGGCCGCGCCGACCCUCGCAACAAGACGACGCGCCCUGCAGGACUUGUACCCACCAGAACGGCAACGUGAAGCGGCCUGAAGUCAGCAGCCCUCGACAUACGUCGCGGCCGAACUUAGCCAAUAGGUCGGGCGGGUACCUGACGGCGACGGCGGCGCUGUCUCGCGGCGGGGAACUAGACCUGCCGCAUGCACCGCCCUCGCACCACCAGUACAACAUCGAGAACAGGAAGAGCAUACUCGUCAAUGGGUACCCGGUGAUGACAUGCUACGCGACGUCCGCCCCGGAGAGUCCGAGUACGAGUGCGCCGGUACCACUGCCCGGGGAUGUAUUCGACUACGUGCCGCAGAACAACGGUGCCCAAACCGAGUCAACAUUGGAAGCCAACAGUCAGUCAGACGCCACGAGCCAAUGGGUAGACGACAGUUUCCCCGCGCCCCACCACUCCCCCGACAGACCCUACCCCUCCACCUCCAAGUACGACCUUCCAUCCACUUCCAAACCUUACGACGACAACGACAUGAUGGACCGAUCGCUUAACUCAAGCGAGAGCUCCUUCAACGCAAUGUACGGCGGCCGAUUCGAUUCCGGUAUCGAUGCUGAGCGAGCGGAAUCCGAAUCAAGAUCGACGAUCACCGAUUUGAUGACUCGGAUGAGUUCGGCGACAAUAUCUACGUCGGCGAACCUUGUGAAUAACAUCACGUCUAGGAUUGUGAAGUCGGAGAUUCGAACGAGUAUUGUUAGCAUUUCAUCGUCCAAGAUUGAGAAGAAAAGGGAAGGGACCAGUAAUAUGUCUCUGAGUACGUUAUCAGUGAACAGUGCGGAGACAUCUGCGUCAGACAAGAGCUCGAGCCAGGAUGUGAACUCCGACAUAGUGACGGAACGCCGCGUCAGUCCGCCGCCCACCAAGAACGUCUCCACUGGAGCCAUACCUAAGAGCAUCAGCUUCGAUGCCACCGCUGAGAAGUCGCAGAGGAGACGUAUGGGCGAGGACGGUCUAGUAGGCAACCUGGACGAGCUGAAGAACAACGUGAAGCGGUCCGGCGGCAACUUGCUGCACAAGAUCAAGAUGUUCCGCCAGAAGGGACGCUCACAUACACAUCAUAACGACGUAAAACUGCCAGAGGAGGAGAACAGAAGUGACGACGGUAGCCGUCCGGAACUGGCUGCAGGGGAGAGCUCGGAGGAGAUCCUCGCCAAGUACCGCCGCAAGUGUUCCACCGAGUCUACCGGGUCCAAGCACAAGCGGUCCCAGCGACGCGUGUCUGAUGUACCUGAUGCUGAGCUGGAUAGGUGUGAAGGUGUGGUGGAUCUGAACGACCCCGAGGUGUUUAACAGUAUGAAGCGCAAGUUGCGCAUCGUAUUGUCAAACCCUGACCUACACUGCGUCGAGUUCGUGCCUAAUCGCUGCACGAGCACGUCGCUCGUGGAGUGGGUGCGCGCGCUGGGCGCGGGCGCGGGGGCGGGCGCGGGCGCGGUGGCGCCCGCCGCCGGGCUGGCCGCGCGGUUGGCCGCCGCGCUGCGGGCCGACCUCGCGGCGCGCCGGCCCUACGCCGCCUACCUCGCCUCGUGUCGCGCGCAUCUCGCGCAUACUGACCAUGCACUCGCCAGACAGAUAAAGCAGUCCCGGUCGGAGUGGUGGUGGUGCGCGGGCGCGGCGGGCGCGGCGCGCGCGCUGCAGCUGCUGGAGCGCGCGCCCGCCCUGCGCCGCCUCGCGCGGCACCGCCACUACGCGCACGCGCACGGCCUCGGUAGUGAACUAAUGGAUGAGAAAGCAACAAGACUGACUGCCAGCAUCAAGGCUAUCACAGCCGAGGUGAAGGCAGACCCCUCCUGGGAAGGAGCGACUUCCACCCUCCUGGAGAGCGUGGAGCUGACAGUGGAGCGCGCCGCCUUCGCACGACUCUACCUGCAUGUACUGUUCCCCAACGGAGACGGAGACAUCGCGCGAGACCAGGUGUUAUCGGAGCACAUCCGGCGCGUGUCGUCGGUGACGUCGGCGCGCUCGGUGGGCAUCGGCGCCGCGCACCGCUGGGCCGCGCCCUACCCGCGCGCGCAGAGACAUCUCAGGCAUCUACCUGUCUACCGCACGCCGCGGGACAAGCUGUCGUGUAUAAUGCGGUGCGUGACGUCAAUAAUGGCAGUGCUGGGUCUCACCGAAGGCACCACGCCCUCCGCCGACGACCUUACGCCUGUACUCGUCUACGUCAUACUGAAGGUGAACCCCCCAUCAUUGCUAUCAACGAUCGAGCUGGUGAACGCUCUGGGCGGCUCGGCCCUCCAGGGCGAAGCCCUAUACUGGUGGACGCAGUUCUGCGCCGCCGUGGCCUACAUCAAGACUAUGGAUUACCCGCGACCCGACAAUAACGAUACCUAGCCUUUACAUACGCGCCUGAUUUCAGCGCGUGUUCCAGACAUAAAAUUGGAAAUCAUUCGCCGCCGGCGGUGCCACACUGUUUGAGCAACGACUACAUACUCAGUCAUUGUAAUGUAUUAUCUAGUACGGAAUCAUGUAAUAAUCAUUGUUCAGUAGUAAUCGAACAUUUAGAUUGUAUUACGCGCAAUUAUAUUCGUAUAGGGAAAUCUGUGUUUAUUAAUUAUAUGGAUUGUCUGAUUAACGGCCGUUUUCGAACAUUUUUGAGUAUUGAGAAGAUUUUUUGUAGUUGUAUUAAGUUGUGUACUAAACGCAUAUUUUUCUUUAGUCUCUGUUUUUAUAUACCUAGUCUACUACAGUCUGCGUAUUCAUAUUGUCUUUAGAAUAAAAAUAUAUUGAUCAGAGAAAACGGUCGUAACAUCUUUGUAUGUAUAAAAUCAAAUAACAGCUUUGCUUCAAGUGUCUGGCAUUCGAAUAUAAAACAUACCAUUCAUUCAUAAUAAAAAAGCCAAAUCAUAGACAUUCUAAUGCAUUUCAUACAUUAUUUGUAAACCCUCGAAUCAUUGCAUUUUAGGACAUACAUAAUACAACGUGAACACCAAUAAUAAAAUCAUUUAUAGAACUUAAAAUAAAAAGCUUCGAAUCAAUUCAAUUUCAACUUUAUUUACUAAAAAUAGUGAUGAAAAUAGAUACUUUCCACCGUAAAUGAGGUUAUAUAUCUCAACAAUGAAAUAUAUAACCUCAAUUUAAAAAACGAAGGGUUUGUUCCAGUACUAUGAUAGUGGUAAGGGUAAAUAUUAUAUAAUAUCGUGUAGAUGGUAGUGGUAAAGUGUGCACUCGCAACAUGUGUUCAAAGUUUAUGGCUUGUACAGUGUGGCAGGUCCAUACACCAUACAAGAACUCCAAUGAGAACCGAGUUCAGUUUGAUUUUCCAGUUAUACUUUCUAAUAUCCAUAAUGAAGUGUUAAAAAUAUAUUAAGUAAUUAUGUAUGUUGUUUUUCUCUCAAAAGACAUAUUGAACAUAAUUUAUGUUAUCUCACAAAUUGGCCAUACGUUUUGUAUGAAGUCAGAUGGGCCUAACUCACGCGUUUAGAUCGAUUCUUUUUUUUUAUCGUUUAAGUAAAUUGCUGUCGCAAUUUUAAAUACAGUCUGUUUGAGAGUAUUGUAUAUAAAGUUGUGACAUUAUUUAAAUACUUAUUGUUUUAGUGUUGAGUUCCUGUUGUGUUGCUACUGUUGAUAUUGUUUCGGACGCUCUGGAUAUCUCCAGACGAUUAUAAUCAUAAAAACUAAAAUGUUAAGAUUUCAAUAUUAUUUAGCAAAUACGUCAGUACGUGUCUACGUAAUAUCACCGCUGGCAACACACGGUCGUAUAUUAAAGUUUGUAAUUAUAUUUUAUUUCCAUGUACCUGUUCACGACGGCAGGGUCUCUGCCGGCCCUCUAGCGCACUGUUACCUAGUACGACAUCUCGAUUGGUCUGUGAUUUUAGAGUUGGAUAAUAAAUACUCGAAAAUGUGUAUUUUUGAAAUUGAUUGUAGGUAUCGAAAGGUGUGAUAACUUGAUAAGUAAAAAAAUGAUUAAUGUCGAAAAUAAGAGGCGAUUUUAAUAAAAUAAUUUAUUGGAAGAAGUGUACAUUUGAUAGAUUAGAUAUUGUGUAACUUAGUUAGGUUGAAGUAAUGAUAUCGAGGCGGGUAAACUCGCCCGCGUAAGCUAGCAACCAUUGUAAUCAUUGAAUAAACCCCGUAAUCAAUUUCAUCAACUCUCAUUACAAUUGUUGUAAGUUAAGUUUCAUUCGUUGUCUAAGCACCGGUUUACUUCGCACCCCGAUUUAAAAGACACUAUUUUUGAACUAAUUUAGUAUAUAACUGAAUCUUAUGUAACAGUAGUACCUAUGUAAUCGACUAGUUGGUCCGCGUACCAAUUAAAUAUCCCAAGCUUCUUAUAUACUGCCUGCUCUAAAUAUACAUAUACAUUGUCAACUAAGUUUUUCUUCUUAGUUUUAGUAUGAAGACUUGAAAUAUUUUUAGACUUUGAAUGUUUAGAGCUGGCGUUAUGAAGAACUUUGAAAUUUGAAUUUUAGUAGCAAGUUAUGAAGGUGCGUGAAUGAUUACUCGAAUAUUUAACAAUAAUACAAAAAUACACAUUACCUACAUGUUUUUUUGGUCGUCAAAGAAUGAAAUAGCAUUGUAAUAAAGCUAGACUAAUUAUCAUCUUUCACGCAUCCUCGUAACUUGAGCACUUACUGUCCAAAUAGCUUUCUAAUCUCUUGCCUAGGUAGUCAACAGACAUUAGAAUAUUAUGUACUAACCGCUGUAAGGCUACGUGUCAUGUAAACAUGUACCUAAUGUAAUCAGAGCAAUGAAAUUAUAUUUAGCAAUAAUAA